GAGUCUCUGCUUUUCGUUGUGUCGCCACCAUGUCUUCCCAGAAUCCAGCUCCGUUGCCUCAACCGGUCUCUGUCGAUGAUAAACUCGCAGCCUUCGACUCUAUCCCGUUGUUUAUGAAAUCCCUCCCAACGGAGGACACUACUGACGUUGCUCUCGAAGCAUUGCAAAGCUUGGUGCAUGAGGGGACACCGGAUGAGGUCGCUCAAAACUUCAAGGAGCAAGGAAAUGAGUAUUUUAAAGGAAAGCGAUAUCGUGAAGCAUUGGGCUUUUACACCCAGGGUGUGGACGCGGAACCAACAGAUCCUGUCCUUCGAGAGGCUCUACUAUGUAACCGCGCAGCAUGCAAUCUAGAACUCAAGAACUACGGGUCCGUACUGAGAGAUUGCUCACAAGUCCUCAAGAUUAACGCUCACUCAUCAAAGGCCUACUUUCGUUCAUCGUCGGCCUUGCUUGCAUUGGAACGAGUAGAAGAAGCUCUUGAUUGUUGUGAUCAUUGUCUACAGUUUGAUCGUGAUAACCAGGGUAUCAAAGGCGUGCGUGAGCGCACAGUCAAGAUGAAAGAACAGAAAGAACGCAAAGAACGAGAACGGCUUGAAAGGAUUCAGAAAGAAGAGGAAGAAAAAAGGCGGCUCAAGGCAGCUUUUGACGACCGAAAUUUGGUAUCGAUAAUAAACCCACAAGGGCCUUCAGACAACCCAUACAAGCCUCACUUCGAACCACUGAAUAAUUCAGAGCUGAUAUUCCCUGUGUUUUUCCUGUACCCACAAUAUGCGACUUCGGACGUCAUCUCUCAUUUCGCCGAAAAUACCCACUUCUCUGCGCACUUGAUUCUGAUGUUUCCUCCAGGAGCUCCGGCACCCGAAUGGGAUAAAAAGGGGGAGUAUGUGGUCAGCGAUCUAGUUGUGUAUGCGAUGACGCACCGAAAACGCCUGUUGAAGAUUGGAAAGAGAAUGACCUUGCGGGAUGUUUGCAAUGCAACGAAAGAGAAAGAUGGGGAUGCAAAAGAUGGUUUGGAGAUCAAAGAUGGGUGUUUAACAUUUGUGGUGUUGGUUAAGGGUGAUGUUGAAAAGAACUGGGUGGACGAAUUCAAGAAAACUAGGGACGGCUAGCAUUAUAUUGAUGUUAUUGAAAUCUACCUAGACUUGCACUUGAAAAGGUGGAAUCGUGACCAUAUU